UAAAAAACCAUGGUGCUGCAGUGCUUGUUAGAUGAUGUUGUGAACAUUUGAGCUCAAUAACAGUAUAGCUACCAUCAAAUACUAGCCAAUUGGUAGCUAUAGAGUACUGUGUGUUUGGUAAUGUGUCCCUAAUAAUGUGCCCCUAGCGCUGUAAAUCAAUUGAGCUGGAGUGCGUACGACUGGUUUGGAUGCUAUUUGCAAAUAAGCAAAUUUCGCGAGAGCAGUCAAAGCUCAUUGAGUCUGGUAACGAUAACCGAAGGGGAAACCGUGACUCUCUCAGAAAGCGAGCAAACCCGGCGAAGUACUAGAAUUCCGGUGUCACUUGUCAUCGUUUGACGUUUAUCGUUCGGGUAGAAUCUGUUUUCCCGUUGUUUUUUUUUUGUUUGCUCUCAGUUUGCGAGUACUUCUCUAUUGAAGCGAAAGCUCUCCCUACGUGUCUUCGUGUUUCGGAAAAGCUUACAGAAUUCUGGGUUUGCAGGAGAGUUUUGCUCGUUCAUGCGGAGCCGUUUGCCAGGGACAUCCGGUUUACUUCGGAAAGUUUUAGUUCGCGCUCGGUGAGAGCGAGAGAGCAUUGGACGGGCAAAAAAAUGGGCACGAGGGCUUGAAACGUUCGGCCAUUUCGCCCGAUGGGUAGUUAGCAGUUCGUAUCCGUUCGUGGCGUGUGCGUGUCCGCAGCAAGAAGGCUCGUCCUUUUCGAGUUCACGUACGUUUGCGUUUCGUGUUGCGUGUAUGUUUUGUGAGCAAAAGAUAAAUCGCAUUUCCCCGCGAAUCAGCGUACUGAAGCUGCAGCCAACAUAAAGGCGGUGUGAAAAUAAAACCAUCAACCAACGUGUAGGUAUCGACAAAUGGGUCGAAAUCGAAAAUAAAGUACCAAUACUGGCGCGUUUUGUUGGCAGUGAAAUGUGCAAAAUAUUGAUUUCUCUUACCCCAGUGUGUAUGAUGGAAAAAGAGAAACGGUGCAAUGAAAAAUAAAUAGAAAGUGUGCAAAAUUGUGCAACUUGGCUCGGCAUUAAAUCGCCCGUGCCCGCACAUUGAAUGCACAACGUUUUGUGUGUAUGUGUGUGUGUGUGUGUGUGUGUUAGUGUGCCAGUUGGUUGAUUGUUUUGUCGACCAGCGUAUUGUUGUUGUGCGUUGUUACGCGUUGUGAGUGGAAAUAUUCUGCCUGGUGUUUGUCAGACGGCGGUGAACAGUGGAUGCAACUAUGCCAGACGAGAAAACUUGCCACGAUAUGCACUAGGAACGCAUUCGUUUGAAAGUAUGGGCGAUAGUGAGAAGGCGAUGGGUAGCGUACAUAAAUUGUUCCGGAAGAGGUUGAAUUGAAAAGCAUUGAGUUCCUUUCGGCAGGAUAGAGACUAGGUGAGCGUCCCCACAACCACCAAACGGCGGAGCUAUUCGGUCCUUAGUGUAAGCGUUUUGGGAUGAGGAUGGCUUUCGUGUGGAAUAUAAAAAAAUCUCGUGAGGCAUAGAUCAUUUCAGUAAUCUGAUUGCUCCGCGUCGCCAGUGCGAAGGUGAAGGAAAUUCGCUUCUAAACGCCACUAGCGCCCGUAUCAACCGCACCGAAGAAAUUCAUCCUACCGAAGAAACCACACUUCCGGAUGGGUGUGUUGUGCAAAAAGAAAAAACCGACAGCCAGCUGACGAUGAAAAGUGGCAUUUUGGAAGUAGUGAAAUGAAUGCAAAGGAAAUAAAAGGAAUAACACGACUGCGACUUACCAAAACCAGCGCAUAACUUGCUUCCCAAUCCACAUAAGGUGCAAAUGUAAGCGAGGGCUUUUCAUAAGAAAACAAAAAUAGUGUAGAAAACUGUGUUUGUGUGUUUGUGUCUGUGUGUGAUUUCGACAAAAAAAGAGCGGAAAAGCACACUGGAAGAAGACGCUUUAUUUGAAAAGGCGCCAGAAAAACGCCUUUGCCGAAAGGAAUAAAAAUCUAAAGCGAGGAAAAACCGGAACGCGACCAAACGCGGUCGGGAUGAGAUUGAAAAAUGUGAGAAUUUUCUCCAGCUGUGAUACUGGAGCCAUAGCUGGAAAGUGGCCCCGGGGCGGAAUGUCCGCCCGGUUGCCUCCAUCUGUCACCGUACCCCGCACACGGUAGGUCUUGCCAAAAAGGGCAUUAACCUCGGGCCGGUCGAAGGAAAGGAAAGGAAAUCGGUUCGCUUCCUGGCUGGUACGCCGUCGUUUCAUUGUGGUCAGGACCAAGUGGGCAGUUGGUGGUAUACAUAACGAUUCACUCAAACACAUACGUAACUGGAAGUGGAAGUGGCCACUAUUUGGUGGAGUUGGGGAAAAGUACGAGCGCUACUGCUGGAGGUGGUACUUGUGGAAAACAGCAAAGCGGCAACCGUUGGAAUAAAACAAGUGAAAACUCCCUCAAGCGUUUGAGACCGCGCUCGCGUCGUAUGUGUGCGAGUGUGUGGUCGUAUGUGUGGCAAAUAGAAGUUUCGUGUUUCUUCAGCAGUUGAGCGAAGGUUUUGCAUUGAAAAUAUAAAUUGCAUCCCGGUGCACUUCGCUCCGAGUGCAGUUUUGUUCUGUGGUUUGGUGAAAAGGUAACCAAACAAAAAAUAAAAAAAUAUCGCAUCCGGAAGUGGAGUAAAAGUGGUGGAAGAAAAUCGUUUUGUGAAGUGAUUUCUUACUACUGUGAAGCGCACAUGUGUAUGUGUGUGCAAAAAGGAAAGUGGUAGAACGAAACAACAGCCCAAAAAAAAGAAGGAGUCAAAAUAGCACAAGUCGUUGUUUGCGGCCACCAAAGCAUAACAACCCAAUCACCAUGAAGUGUCACAAGCGGCUUACGUUGGACAUCUGGAUACUGCUGGCGUACGUGCUAGAUAUCACCAGCGGUGGCAUUCAGCAUCAUCAGCCCUUCGAUGGAUAUAAAUCAUUCCUCGAUACCAGUACGGCCCAUCUGCGGGCGUACGUGGCGUCCGGCUCGGUUGCGUCCGCAUCCUCCAGCCAAUUCGGUGGCUCACAUCACAGCCAGCAGCCACAGUCGGGACAAGGCCAGAGCUCACAAAGCAAAUGGGAGGAACCGUACUUCGACGACACGACGCCGACCAAUGUGACCGGGCUCGUUGGCAAAUCCGCUUAUCUGAGCUGUCGGGUGAAGAAUCUCGGCAACAAAACGGUCUCGUGGAUAAGACAUCGGGACAUCCAUAUACUCACCGUCGGAAGCUACACGUACACCUCCGACCAGCGGUUCCAGGCCACGCAUCACAAAAACAUCGACGACUGGACGCUGCAGAUCAAGUGGGCACAGAAGCGGGACGCAGGUAUUUACGAAUGCCAAAUAUCGACCCAACCAGUGCGUAGCUUUUUCGUGACGUUGAGUGUUGUAGUGCCAACGGCAACAAUAAUCGGUGGACCCGAUCUGCAUGUGGACAAGGGCAGCACUAUCAACCUUACCUGUGCGGUCAAGUACAGUCCCGAGCCACCUGCAUACAUCUUCUGGUACCAUCACGACGAGGUGAUCAGCUACGAUUCAAGCCGUGGCGGUGUCUCGGUCAUCACGGAGAAAGGUGACGUCACCACCUCACACCUGCUGAUUCAGAAUGCCGACCUGGACGAUUCGGGCAAGUACUCUUGCUCACCGUCCAAUGCAGACGUAGCCAGCGUACGGGUGCACGUUCUCAACGUUCGCGCGGUCGUUUCAGGUGAACAUCCGGAGGCGAUGCAGACCGGUGGCGCCUCGGUAGUCGUUUCGUCGGACGGUCGUUCGGUUCUACCACUGAUACUGCUCGCACUACUGCUCCUCACGUUAUCACCUUCAGCAUCGAUGAACGUCGUCUCAGCGAUUCCCCGUAGACAGCUCGACCGGCGACAGACCUCAUGCGAACGAAAACCAUCGGUGACGUCGGCUUCACGCUGCACCGGUUGCUGCUGCAGUAGAGAACGGACUCUUCUUCAACGUCAGUUUGCUCCGAAUGUUCACCACUACAUUACCGACACUGCCAGCAUCGACAAACGGUCGUUCAUGCGGUGCGAUACUGUGAGAUGAUAAACCCCUAUCGAUUUGGCCCGAGAGCAGUAGUGCCGUACCGAAACGGGAAUCCUUUGUGUGUGUGUUUUUUUAUUGCUUUUUUUCCCCGUACGUCGUCGCUCCUCGUUUGCCUAGUUUUGACUUCAUAGUAGACACGGAGAUGUGAUUGUACCGUGAGGGAGAAAACGCUCAUAAAUCCGUUCCUUGUCCCGAGAGACACCAACAGCGUGAGUGUUUGUGCGAUGAAGCGAUUUUGUGGCUGUCUGCACCGUGGUGCACUAAGCGAUAGACUAGUAUAGCAGCAAUUUCAGUAAGCAUUUCAGAAACGUCUGAAAAACGAAACGGCAUACAAGUGGAAUCAAUAGACAGGUGGUUUUAUUGUGGCUGUUGGAUAAGAUAAAUUUGAUUUGUUUCAUUGUUUUCCAAUUGCAAACUAUCCGUUUGUUUAGUUUGAUUCUUGUGACAAGAUUGAUCUCAAAUCGGAAGUGAAUUAUUUGGGUAAAUUAUUCUGUUAAGUGUUAAGUAUCACGUAACCAUCAUAUUGAGAAAGGAGAAAAAAUAUGAAAAUAAUUAUUAAAUGUUAUGUUAACCUUCUGCUUUACCAAAAGCUCAUUGUAAUUAAGAGCAGUACAUUAAGAGGAAACGUUUCCUCGUUUUAAACCAAAUUGGAUGAAAUACGAACGGUACAAAUCUAGCACUUGUGUAUAUUGACUUGCAAUCACUAAAUGCCACUGAUCCGCGAGAGAUAUUUAGUAAAAUUUUGUGUAGAAAUACAUUUUUUUAAAUAGUAAAUUUAACGAAAAGAAUCAGAAAAAAAUGCAUAUUUUGUUACUAAACAUGUGAAAGAAGAAGUUAAACAACAUUUCAAGUCAUGAAUGAUGAAAAAAAUGUUUGAUUUAUCAUGUCAAAAGACAAAUGUAUUAACAAUUUCCUUUCAACGCAUCUAGAUAAAUCAAUCAAAUUGAUAGUAGACUAAGUAAGACAAUGCAUCUAUGCUAGGUGUAAUGAGGAGAAUGUGGCAAAAUAUCCUGUACAUAAAACUAUUAAAAAAGCACAUACACACAUUAACACAAACUUCACAUUCAAACGUGUGGAAAAACAAAUUACUAACUAAAAAAUCGAAACAAUGACAAACACAAACAACAGCACACUGAACAAAAACCAACCGAAAUGAAAAUGGAAGAAAGAAACGUUGAAUAAUGUCAAGUGAGAUUUUAAUCGUAUUGUAGUUUUUGGAGUAUAAAAAAGUCUAUAUUGGUACAAUUCCCAGACAGGUGAAUUGUAUUCAUCGUAUGUAAAGUAAUCGUAGAAAAUGAAUGAAUUUGAACGUAAAAACAAGUUGUAUUAUGCACUUUACAUGUGAUGUUUUUGUCUCGCUGGUUUGAAUUUUUAAAAUCUCUAUCAUUUUGUUACCUUAUUUUAGCUAAAGUACUGCUGUGCAUAGAGUUUUAACAGACAUAAACUUUAAAACUUAACCUUUAUAGCCACCAACCAACAUGCAUUGAUACAAGCAACGAAACUUUCGGGUGAAAUGAUUACUGGAGUUAAGAUAAGCAAUGAGGUAAACUUUCGUUUGAAUAAAAUAAUUUGUUGAUGCUUGAUAUUGGAAGACAUUUUAAGAACACUUUAAUAAUUUUUCAAUAAAUUUUUUUAUUUAUACAAACAAAAAUAAUAUUACCUAUUGGUUUUUUGCGUACUACGAUCAUUUGCAGAUUGUUUAAUAGAUAUUUUAUCCUAACAGGGUAUUAUGAUUAACUUUUUUAUUUUGUAUAGAACUUUUAUUUGUUGUAAUAAAAAUUGAGUAUUUUAUUGUUAUUUAUUUCUUGCUUUAUUAUGCCAAACAACGAGUGAAGUUAAUUACAAAUGCUGACUACUAUUAACCACAACUAUUACUCAGAACAUUUCAAAGAUAAUGUAAAUUAAAGCCACCUGCACCGAAGUUCAUCAUGUUACGUUCAGUUAAUUAACUCAUCAUGAAACAAACCAAAAUCAAGAUUUAUGCUUUAUAACUCCCCAUGAUAAAGAAGCAUCAACAAACGAAAUCAAUUGCAAAACGAUUUGUUCAUAAUCAGCUCAUUUAUGGAAACUCAUUAUAAUGCCAUUGGCAGAACCUGGCACGUUUCCAGCCAUCACUACCGAUUACACCCUUUGCCACAACAUCGCAAAUCGAAAAUGAUAUAACGCAGCCGGUUUCAGUAAACUGUUGUAGGGAAUUUUGCUUUUUUUCCUGUUUUUAUAAUGGGUGUGGUUUUACUGUUCCUUUUGAGGUAUAUUUUUCUUGCAGUUUUAUGAAACGCAGCAGCGUAUCCGGUUACUGUUUCGGUUUCUGCUCGAUCACCCGUAACCUCAAAAAUCGAAACUCUUCUCAGUGGGUUUUCCACCACACGCACUUCAACGAAUGCGUGUUUGGGUUGUGUAUGUGUGUUUCCGCGUACAGCUUUGUGGUUACGAAAUCGGGCAGAGCAUGAAAAAGUAGAGAAAUAAAAAUGAUCCCACCGUCGUCUCGUAAGAAAGGUUUUCCCAUCCCGUUGUGGAGUGCCGAAGAAGUAGAAGGAAAGGACGAAAAACAAUUUCCGAAAAACGUACAGCACCACACACAGUGCAUGCAAUCUCCGCAAGGCACUCCUUGGACGCCUUUCAAUAUCAUUAAAAAAAUAUUGAUGCAUAAAUAAUUGAUAGGGUUUCUCGCAUCAUUCCCCGCAUGUGCGGGUUUGGCUAACCCGGUUCACUUCCAACCGAGUAAGGGUUCGAACAUUGACCAUGGUUUGAUGGGCUUUACUUCCUACGGCAUCAUCCCUUCCAUCACGUUUGUUACGUCUAUUUUGUUCUUUCAGCUUUUUCAGCUUUAUUUUUCUCUGCUUUGGCAAGAAAUUUUUCAGUUUCCUAUACGUUUCCUAUCACUCCUGCUGGAAAGCUGUUCCAAUAACGACCCAAAUCAGGUCUCACAUAAGCGCCGGGAAAUCCUAGCAGAAAGCCUGCUGUAAGGAAAAUCGACGGCAAAUCGACACUUUAGAAUCAUUCAACAGUAACAGCUAACCGACACCUUUACGGGGCGCAAGAAAAAAAAACCCCCCACACAACAUCACGCACGAACUGCACGUCUUCUGCCAACGGAAGCUUUCCUAAAAUACGACCAACUUCCUCAAGCGAACGUGAACAAAUCAUUUCACCCCCCACUCGACUUCUGGUGUAUCUUCUGGAGUCUAAUUCAGAAAGCUUCACAAUCCAAACAAAACACAGGCGUAGAAUAAAUUGAGUGGCUUUCCAACUUCUGGCAGGUGGCGGAAUGAUGCGAAUAUCCGCCAAUGGUUCCUCUAACUACCAUCACCCUAGAAGAAGCAGUAGAAAACCGGAGACUAGCUUCAUGGGAAAUUGAUAAGAUUGUUUUUAUUGCGGGAGAUGAAGGGCAAGAGGAGAGCCACAACAGAUUGAGAUCCAGAUGCCACCAACCUUUGGCUUGAAAAGUGAUGAAGAAGAACUUAAUUUGUGUUUCGAACUUUCGGGAAUUUGUGGGAAAAUCGAGGUUUGAUAAUUGAAACCAUAACCGCACAGCUAAUCAAAACUGCGUGGUUGGUUAGGUGGAAGGAGAAAGUUUAAUUUUCAUUCCAGCGCGGUUAACAUAAUGAAGGGUUGGUUGAAAUUGUGGAAGUUAGCACACAGAAGAAAAAAAUACACACAAAAAAAAGUUGUAAAAAGUUGUUGCAUCUCAUAAAGAUGAAAAAGAAAAAUUGUAAUAGAUUACGAAACAACAAAAAAAAACACACACACAAACACGCUCACAUUACAAUCAAUCAAAGUGAAGGAAGAUUAAAACUGGAAGAUAAAUGUUUAUUUUGAACCCAACCGAUUGGAAUGUUUCCGAUCGGAUUUGGUUACCGAUAGCGAAUUGUGUAAAUAGGAGAUCGUAAAAGUGAGGGGAAAAAACACUUUAAAUGAAAAGAAAACACACGGAAAAAACAGAUGAUGUAUAAUUUGUGGUAAUGAAGAUAAGUUAAAGUACGAACAUAUUACACACAAAAUCCCAUUAAGCUACAUUAAGGACAUAAAGAAUAAAAGCGCUAAUAGCCCAUUCCAAUAUUAAUGAUCCAUAUUACCGAAGAAAAAAAACAGAAAAAAAAACAUUUCUAACCAUUUGUAAAUACCACAGUGUAAACUAAUUGCCCCCAAAGUAAAACAAAAAUAAACAAAAAAAAAUAAACAAACCUGAGUGACUCGCACCGCAUAAAAUCACUACAGAUAAGAAAAAAAGGAAACAGAUUCACACAAAACACUCACAUGUGACGAAUGGUGUUGCGUACUUGCAGCAUAAAUGUGGAUAAGAAAAAUACAAUUUUAAACCCGUUCCAAAGGAAGUGGUUUAAAUGCUGUGAACCUGACAAGGAUGAAAUGAACAGAAAAAGCGAGACAAAGCGACAAAGCGAGAAAAGUGAAAUAGUAAACAGAAUGUAAAGGCGAACAGGCGAAGUGGCAGAAAGUGGAUUGUGAAGAGGUUUGAAGAAAGAUUAAUAAAUAUAGCAUCUGAGUUGAUUAUAAAACUAUAAA